AAUCUACCUCUGAUGGAUGCCUCCUACACUGUGCACAAGCCCAGGUCACGUUACCUCCGGUUGAGGAAGAAACGGAGCUGCUCCAGAAGCUUUACAAUCUCCUGGAGGCCAAGGGGUUUCAGACGCGCAUGGAAGGAGUGUCACUCCUCCAAGACCUGUGCAAAACCAGCCCCCAGCUCAUCUCCACUAACAUUGUCCAAAUUUUUGAUUAUUUUGUCCUGAGAAUAUCUGACAGCCACAAGAAAGUGAAGCAGAAGGCGCUGGACGUGCUGGCUGAAAUCACAGGCGUCCUGAAAGAUGCCUUGAACCCGGUGAUCAUUGGUUUGGUGGAAGGAAUAACGAAGAACCUGAACUCCAAGGAUCCCAGGGUUCGUGCUGCAGCUGUGAAAGCAUUGGAAGAAUCCAUUGCUCAUUUAGAUAAAGUGUCACUGCUGAAGGAGUUCAGCUACCAGUGGAAUCAACUGAGUGGCCAAGCUCUGCUGGAUGUCACGGAGUGUAUCACAGUGCUUGUGGAGUGGGUUUAUGCCAGGAGCCCUGAAGUGGUCCAGCACGACGCCCUGCCCGUGCUCUGGUCCUUCCUGGAGAACAAGGCGCUGCCGGUGCGAAGCGCCAAUGUCCGCACUGUGGCCACCAAGCUUGCCUCUGCCCUCCACAAGGUGAUGGGCACCAAGCUGAAGAGAUGUGCUGCCAGCCAGCCUCCACAUGUGCGGGAAAACCUCUCCAAAAUGUUGGGCUGGUGAAGGCAUGAUGUUCUCCAGAGAGAUGACAACGUGCUGAGUUGGACACCUCCAGAUCUGCCUUGUUAGCUGUGCCAAAAGAGACCAAAUGCUAAGGAAUGGUGUGCACCUGCCCCCUCUCUCUCCAUCGCCCUUCCUAGUCAUGGCAUGGGGGGCCUGAAGCAACUCCAGACUGAGGAAAAGGUGAAGGCUGAUCAUGGCUCAGCCUCACACAGAGAUCUGACUGGUUACAGUCUUACUGAGAAGGUUCCUCUGGACAAUUCCCAUGGUGCCUUACCCACAAAGUCCUUGCCUGCUGUACAGAAGAGCUCUCUUUUCUCCAAGUUCAGGAAGAAGCUGCUGCCUGUAUGAAUAUUGUUUGAAGAACAGGAUUUAUAUGUUAGGUUUUGUAGUAGAUGUACAUAUGUUCUGAUCCUUAGAUGUAGUUUUGAAUAAAUGUGUUUUGAUUGUACCUUUAAA